CGCUGCGGGCUUGCACAGAGGCACAGCGGCUUUCCAAGGCGCCCUUCUCCUGCCGAGUGUGCUUUCCUGGAGUGAAGGGAACCCAGCUGCUGUUGGUGCUGGUGCUCGGUUUACUGGUGUGGUCUCUCAUCGCUGCCACAACGUACCACCUCCAUGCGGCAUACGGCUGGGUGAUGUUCGUGUCCCUCUUCUUCUGGAUACUAACACUCCUUUUCUUCGUGACUUACCUCCUGCAGCUUCAUCAGAAGUUCUACAUGAUCCCUUGGCCCCUCGUGCUGAUGAUCUACAACGCCGUGGCCACCGUGCUGUACAUCACCGCCUUCGUGACGUGCGCGGCCGCGGUGCAGCCCACGUCCUGGCGGCAGUGGGACUACAACCGCAGAGCCGCCGCCUCCGUGAGUAGCGGCGGGCAGGGGAGG